AGAUGCGCUGUGCGAGAAAGUGAUUGAAAGUUCCACUUCAGCGGGAGGGUGAAGCCGAACCGGGUGCGCGUGUCUGCUGUGUCGGGAGCGGUGAGCCCUUUGUGUCUGGAAAAGAGAUAAAGGGGAUUUAAAAGUGGGGGUGGGCUGGGGAUAUAACGGGACCGGGAAGCGGCACAUUCACAGGAAAUUUGGAGAGCAUCCGGCUCCUGAAAAGAGUGAGGGAAGAAGAGGAUAAGUGUCAGAGACGGAAGGAGGGACACAGACAGGCAUGGAAACACCGUGUGGGAAAUGAAGUAUUUGAGCUCAGACCAUUACAAACAUUGUCUUGUGGAGACCAAAGAAAGACCUUUGUAACAUAUGAUCUGCCCACACCUGGCAAGGAAGCGGUGACAGAAAGCUUUGUUUUCUUCUGUGUCUUUGUUCCUCCACAAUCUUUUCUUCACCAAUGUCUUCUUCUGCUACUAACAGAGAGCAGCCCAUUUUUAGCACGCGUGCUCACGUUUUUCAAAUAGACCCUGUCACCAAGAAGAACUGGAUUCCCGCCAGCAAGCAUGCUGCUACCGUCUCAUAUUUCUACGAUGCCACAAGAAAUGUAUAUCGGAUCAUCAGUGUUGGGGGCACCAAGGCCAUCAUAAACAGCACGAUUACCCCAAACAUGACGUUCACCAAGACAUCCCAGAAGUUCGGACAAUGGGCUGACAGUCGCGCCAAUACAGUCUAUGGACUGGGCUUUGCAUCUGAACAGAACUUGUCUCAGUUUGCAGAGAAGUUCCAGGAGCUGAGGGAAGCUGCUCGACUGGCAAGGGAGAGAUCCCAAGAUAAGACUGAGCUGACCAGCCCGGCCUUCAAUCUCACAUCCCAGCAGGUAGUACCCUCUCCAAUCAUCAGUGCCAAUGGACCAGGUGAUGACAAGCUGUUCAGGAGCCAGAGUGCAGAGAUGGAACUCAGUACAGAAAGAGAACGUGUGAAGAAGAUGCUUUCUGAAGGCUCUGUGUGUGAGGUUCAGUGGGAAGCAGAAUUCUUCAGUCUCCAGGACAAUAACAACAAACUGGUGGCAGCUCUCCGAGAAGCAAAUGCUAAUGUUGAGAAAUGGAAGAAGCAGCUGGCAGGGUACCAAGAGGAAGCAGAACGGCUACGGCAACGGGUUACUGAGUUGGAAUCUCAGGUGACCCCAAACACUACAGCAGAGCAGCAAGAUGAACUCUCUGAGAGAUUACAUGGGCUUGAGCUGCUUCUUAAGAGCAAGGAAGAGGAAAUUCUCGUGCUCAAAGGACAGAGGCCAGACCUUGUGGAGCUGGAGAGUGAGAGAGAUGAACUGCUAAAAAGACUAGAGGAACUGGAAGCAAGAAAUCAGGAAUUAGAGAAGGAAGUUCAUAAGGCGGAAGAGCAACUCAAAGAAUCACAAGAGGAAAGAGGCCGGGUACGAGAAGAGAUCAACAGAGCAGGGGAUGAACUGGAUAUAAAAAUCUGCCAACUGAACGAGCUACGUCUGGGACUCUCCCAGCUCCUUGAGAGUAACUGAGAGAGCCACAAAGUUUGGGCGCUGAGAACUAUUGAUUGUUGUUCUAGGUUGUUAGAUUUUUGGGGGUGACUAAAAGACUGUUUAUUAGUUGUCAUGGAAAAUGAUGGGGUUAUUGGGGACUAUAACAAAAGGGGUGACACUUAAAUGUGUUUACUGGCUCUGUGUCCAUAAAUAAUGUUAGUCUUCUAGUCCAGCUGUAGACUUAGCAAAGUCAGGUAUACCCCCACUUCAGAGACCUGCACUGCUCUUCUAAGCCAUCUUUCCACUGCAGACAUAGUCGGAAAUAGAUUUUAUUUUCUGUGAUUUGUAGUGAUUUACAACCAGGAGCAAAAGCCAUUUACUAAAACCAAAUGAUAUAUCUGGAUUUUGCAGCAGAGGUGAGCAAUGGUACUGUUCUCUAGCUUUGUCUGUGUUUCCUACCCAGGUUACAGAGGUGAGCUUUGUAUAACCACUAUAUACUCCCACAUUGUAGACUAACAGCUAAAAUUGUGGAGCCAUAUACUCAAUUAUGACAUAAUGCAACCAACACUGUAAAUGCCUUAAUAAAUAAAAAUGUACUGAGGAA